AUGUGCGACGCUCAACAAACCAACAAUUUGGACGUAAGUUCUAUUAAAUUAUAGCUUUUCAUUCGAUUCUUCUUCAGAAUCGUCGUCGAAAAUGUGUAGUUUGUGAAAAGCUGGUAUCUUUCAACUAUGCCACGUCAUUCACUUCGGUUGCAGACAAGCAAAAACUAUGGGCGGAAUGUCUUAUGGGUGGAAAUGAACAAUUGGCUGAGGAGUUGUUGGAGAAAACUACGAAGGGAAGAAAGUGAGUGAACAUCGACUUAAUGACAUUUUUAGGUUUUUUAAGCAAAUGAGUGGAAAUAUUGGGUUCUAAUGUUAUUCAUAUGAUAGAAUGGUCUAAGACGAACAGAAUGAUAUAAAUUUUGAUAAUUUUAGGUUAUCCAUAAGUGAUUUAGAGACUAAACCUCGCUAAAUCACUUAUGGAUAAGGUAAACUCAUCGAAAUUUAUAUCAUUCUGUUCGUCUUAGACCAUUCUAUCAUAUGAAUAACAUUAGAACCCAAUAUUUCCACUCAUUUGCUUAAAAAACAUGAAAAAGCGGGAAUUUCAGAUAUAUUUGCUUCGAUCAUUUCGGCAAGGAGCAUUUUCGUCAGCGAGAAGAUGGAAAGAUCGAAUUAGUUAGAAAUGCGUUUCCACUCGCAUUUAAUUCAACUGAAGAAGUUCAAAAACUUCCAUUCGACGAGAAAAUGUUCGAAAUUCUGGUGAACGCUUCGAAUUAUUGGAUUGAGGAGACGAUGAGGAAUGUGAAAUAA